GUCAGCAACCCAACAGAGCCUCCUCAGACUCCCUCCUUUGACGUCGGAGCGCCCUUCUUUUUUCUUCUUUUCUUUUACUCAACCAGGGCUACGUGUGAUUUCACUUUCUUUUAUGGUUAAAGUGCAAUAAACAAUAAACAAAAUCCUUGAGCUUUUAACUUUCACGGGACGGCCCGACCCAGAAUCCAAGGCACCCUUCUCUCUCUGUUACGGUGUUACCAUAUACUGACCUUGUCUUGCAGACUACUCUUCCUUGUAGAGCUUAGAGUUAAAGAGUCAACUCAGUAGAUUUUGUUUUGUUUUGCUUUAGCUUUUUCUUUUUCUUUUUCUUCUCUCUCCGCUCGUGUGUGGGUGAGUAAUGCGAGCCUAUUAGUGUGUGAGGCUUCACCUUCACUUUUGUUUUCGUCGGAGUAUAAAUCUUUGAUUUUGCCCUUUCACUCUUAUGCCCUCCAUUGUCAACGCUUACGAAAAGAGGAACCCCGUGAAAUUUAUUACCUCCCUUCUUCCUCUAAAGCCCGUUUACUUUCCUCUCUUUUGUUUUUUGGGACUGUUCCAAUUUUCACUAAGCUUCACUCAACGCUUCCCCUUCAGCUUCAUAUCACCAGGUUAUUUUCUGAAAUAGUCUGACGAUGGAGAAGGCUGAUGGCUGCAUUUCAUGGCCAUCUAGGAAGAGAAAGUUGCCUCAAGAAGGCAAUGAUAUGUUGAACUUCUCCUUGGAUGAGCUCACUGAUGACCUCCUUGAAAGGGUCCUUUCGUGGUUACCAACCUCGGCCUACUUUCGCCUCGGUUCAGUGUGCAAGAGAUGGAAAUCAGUUGCUGCUUCUGAAAGUUUUAAGCUGGCUUGCUCUAGGAUUCCUUCAAGGGAACCUUGGUUUUUCAUGGUGGAUGCCAAUCUUGAUCAAUCCAUUGUCUUCGACUCUGCUGAAAGAAGUUGGAAAAAACUAAAUCAUCGGCCUCUACUCUCGAAUAACUGUAACUGCAACUCCAUCCUGGUUGCAGCAGCUGGUGGGCUUGUUUGUUUCCGCAAAAUGUCCGGUGAUUACUUUGUAUGCAAUCCUGUGACAGGAUUGUGCCGGGAACUCCCUCCAGUGAAUCCGGACUCUCAUGAUCGUCCCCUUCAUGCUAUUGCAAUGAACGCAUAUUCCAAUUACCAUGGCUACUACAAGCUAGUCUUAGUCUCUGGUGAUCUUUCAAAGCUGUCGUUCAGAGUUUAUAACUCUAGUGCUGAUUGCUGGGAAGAAGAGAUUAUGUUAAGGAGAAAAACCGAUGAUUGUACCGAAUUUGAUUCGGCUGAUGACAACGAUGAUGCUGUGUACUUCCUUAGCAAAGCUGGAAACGUGGUGGCAACUAACAUGCAGAGAAGCCCAUCCAAGCAAUAUUCAUCAGUUAUGACUUCUAAAGAUGGUGAAGAGAUUGUUUAUUUCCUCAGCUCCUCUGGAACAAUUGUGGCUUGCAAUCUGACCCAAAAGCAUUUCUCUGAAUAUCCCAGACUGUUGCCCGUCUUUUUUGAGUACUCCAUCGAUGUGAUGGAGUGUAAAGGAGAGAUUUUGGUUGUUAUGUUAUCGGAAUUCUUUGAAAGUGCAAGCCUAAGGGUGUGGAGAUUUGAUGAGAAAACAAAGACCUGGAUUCAGAUUGCCAGCAUGCCUCCUGCAAUGUCACAUGAGUUUUAUGGCAAGAAAGUUGACGUAAACUGUGCCGGGGCUGGUGACCAGCUAUUUAUCUGCUUAAGCUCUGCUGAGGUUUGCAGUUAUGUUCUUUGUGACAUCGUGGCUAACGAAUGGGUUGAACUGCCCAAGUGUUGUAUGAAUGGUGAAGCCAUGGACUUUAUGUCUGCUUUCUCAUUCGAGCCAAGGAUUGAAGCUUCUGUAUGAACACUUGUUGUGGAAUCUGCGAUGUUUUGAAGGAUAUGAUAAUGCAGUCUGUGGUUCCUUUAUCUUUGCAUAAUUUAUUUUGUAAUUGUAUUCGUUUAGAGCAUUGAUAUUUUUCUCUUAUUUGAAUUGUUUAAGCAGAUCAGUCCAUUUGCUGAAUGUAUUAAUUAAUGAGUUAAUGUUAUUAGACUACUGGUUUCCA